GUAUCAGGAAUUUGUGCUCGGCGGAGAACAAGCUGCCGCUGGAAGUGACAAAGGAGAGACAGAAGGAACAAGGUCGCCUGUGUUCAACAUGUCUGUGGAUUGGGUAGGAUAUGGUUACGCGGCCCUUGUUGCAUCCGGCGGAGUAAUUGGUUACGUGAAAGCAGGCAGCAUCCCUUCCCUGGCUGCUGGUCUUCUCUUUGGGGGCCUUGCAGGUUUUGGUGCCUACCAGAUGUCCAAAGACCCCAAUAAUGUUUGGGUGUCUCUUGCUACAUCAGGAGCUCUAACCGGCAUAAUGGGAAAGAGGUUCUAUGGAUCCAGGAAGUUCAUGCCAGCUGGCUUAAUGGCUGGAGCAAGUCUUCUGAUGGUGGGGAAGCUUGGUGUAGCAUUGCUCCAGAAACCCCAGAAGUCCUAAUGGAGUCAAGAUUCCAAUGUGUAUCCCAUCUGCCACAUCAGGAGUAGCCCUUUGGCUUGUCAUUUACUGUUGAAUGUUAAUAUUUUUGAAAGAAUGAGAAUAAAACAUAGUACCUUGUA